AGUAGAAAAAUCUCGAUUCUACUACUUUGACAAAAGUUGAACAAAUAUUCUAUUUGUUUGACAAGUUCCAUUAUUACAUGCAUCUCCUUGCCGAUGCUGUCGAUGCUAUUGAAAGUAAACAGCUAAUCAUCAUUCCUUUGAUGACUAUUGUACUAAAAAUUCCUAAUCAUGUGAGAAAGGGAGAAAAGGGAGAAAGUUCUUCUUGUGUAACAUCUGAUGUCUUCCCCUUCUCAAAGGUGCAUGCUGAGGAGAUGUGCAGACUCCUCUCACUCAUGAAGGACAAGCUUUGUUCGACUUCAUGGCACUAGAUAAACUCCUCCCAUGUAUGAAUGGAUCUGGGUAGUGUUUUAAUUGAAGGCCUAUGCUUCAUUUUUUUUUAAUUCGUUUAGUCUUGUCCCUUCCCCCAAAUUUUAUGGCAGGAUAAUAGGUUAGGGAAUAAGAACAUGGAAAGGUUUUAACUCUUGGGAAAUGCCAGUUUUUUGGUGACUAUUUGUUUGGUCAAAUCUGUUGGUGACUUUUUUUCUUUCUUUCUUUCCCCACUACUAUCCGGCCCACAAGACCGCUUAAUCUGAUUCGGGGGUCAGUUCCAGCAUCAAGUGGUUCGAGCCCUCUCCCGAUCGCCGUUGCGGGGAUCAAAUCGUGAUCCUCCCUACCAAGUCCAGCGCCAAUCACCAGUGUACAAAUCGUUGAUAUAUUGGUUACUUUACAUCAUAUAUAUGUUGAUACAGCUGGAUUUGGUUGGUACCAAAAUAGUCAAAUUGACAAAUUAUUAAAAUAAAUAAAUAUACAAACAUGUGAGUAAACCAAACCUUACUCUGUUCAAUCUCAACAUGAAGGAAACUCAAAUUAUAGUGUCAUCUAGAUUUGUAACUAUCUUUAUUUUGUUCUUUUUCUUCAUUAAUUUAAACUCUUGUGAUUCAGAUUCCAUAAACAUUCCUUCAGACAAAAUCCUCCUUAACUGUGGUUCAUCUGGAUCAUCACCAUUCAAUGGUGUCAAUUGGAUAGGAGACAUUGGAAAAACUUUCUUGUCUCCAUCAUAUGAAACAACUUCAUCAACAACACUCUUACUCUCAAACAUAAACAAAGUAGCACCAAAAAUCCCUUACUCAACAGCAAGAAUAAUUCCUCAUUCUUCAUUCACCUACUCUUUUCCUUUCUCUUCUUCUGGUCUUAAAUUCAUUCGUUUAUAUUUUCUCUCAACUUCAUAUUUACCAAUAAACCCCUCAAACUCUAAGUCCUAUUUUUCAGUCAAAUCUGGUUCUUACACUCUUGUUAACAAUUUCAAUCCAUUACUUGCUGCACAAGAAAUCAACUCACCUUAUAUAACCAAAGAUUUCUUUGUCAGCAUCAAAGAAAAGAUACUCAACAUUACUUUCACUCCGUCUCCUCAAAUUCCCAAAGCUUUUGCUUUUAUAAAUGGAAUUGAAACAUUCUCAGUACCCAAUAAUUUAUUCUCUCAUCAUGCUUCAAAUUCUAAUGUUUCUGUUCCUUACCUUGGACAGAAAGAAAGGUUUUUUCUCAACAAUGAAUGUGCUUUUGAAAAGCUUUACAUGGUUCGCACGGGGAAUGAAGGUGACCCUGAUGUUAAAAAUGCAUUUGGAUCAUGGCUAAAUGAUAGAAACUACAUUUCUGGUUCACAAUAUGGAACUGUUCUUGUCUUGAGAGAUGGUAGAGUUAAUAUGAACGAAAGUUUUCUCAAUUCAAAUGACUAUACCUAUUCAGCACCAGAAAAUGUAUAUUGGUCUGCAAGAACAAUGAGUAGUAGCAGUGGAGAUUCAAACAUGAGGUACAAUUUAACAUGGUCAUUUUCGGUUGAUUCUGGAUUCAAGUAUCUUGUUAGGCUUCAUUUCUGUGAGAUAUCUAUGUUUGUAACAGAUAUUAAUCAGAGGGUUUUCAGUGUUUAUAUAAACAACCAAACAGCUGAGGAAAAAUUGGAUUUAGUUGCUUUGGCUGGUGAACCUUUAAGUCCUUUGUAUAGAGACUAUGUUGUAAAGGUUCCAAUUGAGACUGAGAGAAGGAAAGUUUUCAUGUUGAUCUCACUUCAUCCCAAUUUAGAGUCAAAACCAAAGUAUGCUGAUGCUAUAUUGAAUGGAGUUGAAAUUAGUAAGUUAAGUGAUAGUAAUUAUAAUCUUGCUGCAAGAUUUCAAUUGAAGAAUGAAGAACUUCACAAGAAGAAGAAAUUUCCAGUUUUUAUUGUUGUGGGGGUCAGUACUUUAGGUUCCAUUUUGGGACUUUUCAUAACAUGUUUCAUUCUUAGAAGAAAAGACUGGAGAAAAUUAAAAAUUGGAAGUUUUCAGUUAUUUACAAUGGAUUCUACUGCAAGAAGUGAGGAAAAAGUUCAUGUAAAGGUGAUAUCAGGUAAUUGCUAUCAAUUCACUUUAGCAGAGAUUAUAUCAGCAACAAGUAACUUCAAUGAAGAUCUUGUGAUUGGGGAAGGAGGUUUUGGAAAGGUAUACAAAGGAAUCAUAAUGCUUGAUGGAGUGACUAAUGUGGCCAUAAAGCGCGCUAAACCGAGUUCGCGUCAAGGAUUUAAGGAAUUUCAAAAUGAGAUCAAUUUUCAUUCAUUUUCUCACAUGAACUUAGUUUCAUUGUUGGGCUACUGCCAAGAAAGCAUUGAACUGAUACUUGUGUAUGAAUACAUGACUCAAGGUCCACUUUGUGAUCAUUUGACCAAGAAACAGAAGCAGCCACUUUCAUGGAAUCAAAGACUAGAGAUUUGUAUUGGUGCAGCUAGGGGAAUCCAUUACCUUCAUACAGGCAGAAACAAUCCGGUGAUUCACCGCGACAUCAAGUCGUCAAACAUAUUAUUGGAUCAGAAUUUGGUACCAAAGAUUGCAGAUUUUGGGUUGUCUAGAAUGGUUGAAUCCAUUUACCACACUCAUGUUAGUACUGAGGUUAAAGGUACUUUUGGAUAUUUAGAUCCUGAGUACUAUAAGAGAAGAAAAUUGAGUGAAAAAAGUGAUGUUUAUUCAUUUGGGGUGGUUUUGUUUGAAGUGUUGAGUGGAAGAGGAGCAGUGAAUCCUACGGCAGUGGAAGAGGAAAAUGAGAAAGUUGGAUUGGUAGAAUGGGCUAUGCAUUGCUAUCAAUUAGGAACUAUUGAUAGAUUGGUUGAUUCUUGUUUAGAAGGAAAUAUAAGGUUGGAAUGCUUAAUGGACUUUGUGGAAAUUGGUAUCAAGUGUUUGGCUAACAAGAGUGCAGAUAGGCCAACUAUAGGAGAGGUGCUGAGUAGUUUGGAGAAAACUCUUUCCUUGCAGAAAAGUUUGGAGGGGCAGGAAAUCAAUGCAGUCAAGAUGGAUAUGUAGCAUCGACACUAUAGUAUAGAUUGAAUGUGUGAUUGUUGUUCAACAUUUGUCGGUAUCCAACACUACGCCUGCACAUGUGGUUACAUUUUGUAGAUUAUUCUCUUUUUUGUUGGGUUACCAUGAAUCCAUGAUAUAAGUAGGUACAAGGAUUUCGCUGCUGUUAGCAAUGAUCAAUCUCUGUCGAAGAACAUGUGGGGCACACAUAAUACGUUAUCCCCUUUCAACCAGAAAUUUUCCAUACAUAGGAGUCAAAAAUCAAAUCCCGACAAUUAGCUUAAAGAGCCAAGACCCUUACUACUUAUUUAUUAUGCUUGAUAUAGUUUUCUAAGUUUACUAUUUUUCCUUUCUCGAUCGGAGUUGGGAUCAUUGUAUAAUUUUACACAACCUCAUUGUAUAAUAUAAGCCAUUCAUUUUAAAUCAUUUAAGUUGCAAAAAAAAAUAAAAAAAAAUCAUCCUUAUUAGUUUUUACUAGUACUAGUGAUUACUUGU